ACCAAAACGCCCGUCCGAUCUUCCACCGCACACGGCAGGGAUGGCGCGGACCAGGAGCGCGCGCGCCCUCGCGCUGGUGGCGGCCGCCGUGGUCAUCGCGGCGGCGGCGGCGCGCGCGCCGGACUACCACCCCUCGACCUUCACGGUGACGGGCAAGGUGCAGUGCCAGGACUGCACCAAGAACUGGAACGCCUACGCCUACAACGCCAGGCCCAUCCCAGGCAGCGUGGUGGGCGUCACGUGCGUGGACGGCAGGGGGCGGGCGGUGUACCACGGCUCGGACGCGACGGACGGCCAGGGGGUGUUCAACAUCGAGGUGCCCAGCAAGGCAGCGAGCGGCGCCGACCUCGCCCCGUCCCGGUGCCUCGUCCGCCUCGCCUCCUCGGGCGACGCCGGCUGCGCCGUCCUCACCGACUUCAACGGCGGCAGGACCGGCCAGAAGCCGUCGCGCCUCACGCACUCGAGCCCCGACAGGGCCACCUACGCCGUCGGGCCCUACUACUGCACCCUGCCGCGGUGCGACGUCAAGGGCGACGCCGCCGCCGCCUGCAGCUACUGAUGUGGCCCGCCGGCCGCCGCGCCGGUCGAUCGCCGCCGAGCGUGCGUGUAUGUACGGUGGUUUGUACGAGCAUUUUGCGUUUCAACACCAGCUUCUUUUGGUUUUUUCUUCUACCCUUUUUGAGUUGACGCCCCCCCUUUGGAAAAGUGGAUGAUGCGUUGAAUUGCUACUGCGUUAUUGAUUUUGCGCGUAGAGGGGUCACGUUGUCCUGUCUGUAACAUGCUCUGUUUACCUGCUGCUGCAACUACUAGUGCCCACUGGUUGGUUCCUUCUUUA